CUCUCCCCUCAUUUGCCCUCUCUCUCCGCCAUGGAUUCCAACGGAAAUCCCCAAAACUAACCCCCUCCUCUCUCUCUCCAUCUCUAUCUCUCUCUAUCGCUCGGAUCCCUUCUAGCCCGGGUGCUCUCCAAUCUCCCGCCGUACGCCCCGAUAGCGUCCCCUCCCAGCCCUUUCUUCCCUUCUUAUCCCCUCCCUCUUCCCAAAGGCCUAUUUUUCCGCCUCAUUCGUGCCGGCGGCCAGGCUGGAAACCCUAAUUCCCUCGCCUGCGGUUCCCCGGAACCCCAUAGGAGGGUCGUCCAAUCGGAGCCGAUCCCGCCAGGGGCGGAGGAUGAGGAAUCGCCGCGAACGGCCCCUGAAAGAGCUGUAUGAUGCCACGAGGAAGAUCUCAGAACUGGAGGCUGCUUUCUAGGUCACUCUGAUAUUGCGAGGGACUUGUCAGAUCCAAGAACCUAUUGGUGAGGCUGACUGUGAUCUACGGUGGACAAAUUUGGGCUAUUUUCCUGUUGAAGAAAGGAGUCACUUGUGAAUGAAAAACUUUGCACCAGAGCAGAAGCUGGGACGUGCAGUUUUGCUCCUUGCACAUCUUGUUUGCACUUGAAGCGAACCAUGCCACUCAUGGAAUCAAAAAUCGAAGAUGGGCUUUCGCAUAACACCUCUGAGAGAAAAGAAGAUGAUAGUUGUUCUUUUAUGGGUGACAAAGGGCCUAAUUAUAAGGGCAGAGAACGUGAUGACCAGCUGCAUGCAUCUAGUGAAACUAGUAAUUUACUAAGCUCUACUUCAAGUUAUGAUUCGUGUUUUGAAAAUUCUGAAAGUAAAGUACGAUUACGAAUCUUAGUUACAAAUGGUGCAUCAGAAGAUGUUAAAAUACCCCCCAAGGAGUUUUCAGAUGGAGUGGUUAAGCUUCUCUUGGAACAAACCACUGUUACUGCUUAUAAUCCAUUUCCCUCUAACAGCCAGACAACAUCUGAUCUGCACCAUCAAACACUCUCAGGUCUAGAUGAUGAGCAUCAUGUAUUAGAAUCCUGUGGGAAUAGCAUUUCAUGUAUCUCUGUAGUUAAGGAUACUGAUACUGCAGUCCAUGCUCCUUGUAUGGGUUUGGACAAUGAAAAUGCAACAUCCUGUAAUCCAUCAACUGGUAAUUUGCUUGCCAGAAAGGAUGAAAAGCCUGUUCAGACUGACGCUCUCCAUGAUUAUCAUAUUGAUGAAAUAAAAGGGACUCAGAAUGACUUUAAAAGACCUGGCACAUACCUUGAAGAAUAUUUAGCGAAGAAUGGUGGUUCCAGUUCUGCAAAUGCGGGCUCUUACCCCAAAUCUGAGCAUUCUGAGCUUCAUCCAUCAAAAAGUGAUAAUUCUUCCCAUCAUGAUUCUUUUUUCAAGGAAAGAGAUGCGUGUUCGCAACUUCCAGAAGAAAUUUUGAAAUGCUACGUAGCCAACAAGGAAUCUUCACUAGGAGGAGAAUUGGCUGCUGGCAGUAUUGAUGGGCCAGAAAAUACUGCACUUACAAACAGUGAUAUUAGGAAAGCAAGAAGCAUAGCAAGUGAACCAACUUCAGUUUCAUUGAAGGAUACUGAUGAUGCUAGGAAGUGCAGCAUCAUGAAAGAGCCAUCUCCAAAGUCCAGUUCAUUGUUAGAGACAGCUAAUAUGCAGGUUUCCAAGACUCAACCUCAGACUACCUCCGACAGUGAAAGUUCUGCAGAAAUUGAGGAUGAUGUAAAGAUCUGUGAUAUCUGUGGAGAUGCAGGUCAGGAAGAGUUGCUUGCUAUUUGCAGUAGAUGUAGCGACGGUGCCAAGCACACUUACUGUAUGCGAGUAAUGUUGGAUAAACUUCCAGAAGAUGAUUGGUUAUGUGAAGAAUGCCAGCUCAUGGAGGAAAAUGAAAAUCAGAAAGUGGAUAGAUCUGAAGCUGCAAGUGAAAUGUUAGAACUUCCUUGUUUGAAUGAGAAAGAUCAGAGUUCUGGAAACACAUUUAACCCUGAAGUUUUGCCUAAUUUGGAGACCAAGGAAAUCAAUUCGGAUGCUAAAGGGGCAAAAGGACUUGAAAGUACUCAAGACUCAACCAUGAGGCAUGGUAAGAAUGUGGAGGUAACUUCAGUUACCAGCAACAAGGUUUCUGAGACAAGUGGUAGAUCAACAGGGAUAACGAGUCCUAGGAAAAAUACUAUGUUGUUACGUGAAAGUUCAUUCAACAGCUUGGAUGUUGGAAAAGUUAAGCCAGUUAACCCGUCACCAUCAUGUGGAGGUCAGUCAAGGAGUAGCUCUCACAGCAUUGCCCACUCACAAGCUUCUUCAGGGUUAUUAUCAAAGUCGGCAUCUUUCAACAGCUCAAAAAUGCCCAAAGUCAAACAGUUGAUUGAAAGUGUUCCUUUUAGGCAAAAAAUAACCAGUUCCAGUGACUCAAGAAAGGAGGGUUUGCUCAAAACAAUUACAAAAUCUGCAUCUUUUAAGAGCACAAAUUCAGGCUGCAGUAUCAAGUCAGCAGAUAAAAUCCAGUCCCUUGAACCACUCUGGGCAGAGGAUCCAAGAGGAGGGAAACAGGUAAAAGAAAGAAAUGUAAUAAAUAAGAAGAAUUCUUCUAUGUCGGAUCGCCCUUCUAUUAGUCUGUCUCUAUCAGCUAGUACCUGCCCUCCUUUUCCAAAGUUGGAUAUAAAGUUUUCACAGCAAAUUGGGAAAUCAGAUAAAAUUCCUGAUCCAAGCAAUGUUGGCACUGAUAGAGGAUCAAACAAUGCAAAUAAUUUAGGAUGUAAAGAAGUAAAGAAGCAGUCAUCAUUUUCAAUGAGAACUUCUGGAAGUACUCCUUCAAAUGGAAUACGUAAGUCUGAGGAUCAAAAGACUUAUCAACCUGUCUCAAAGGAAAAUGUCCGUGCAAGUUCUGCUGCUGUUGAUAGAGCAUGCUGCAAACCAGACUCAAUUCAACAAUGCAGUACACAUCAGGUUGUAGAAUCGGCACAUCGAGAUGAUAAAACCAAGGACCGUACCUUUUCCAGCAGCUCAAGGCAAGCAGCUUCAGAAAGCAGUCGGAUAUUACGGUGUCAAAGGUGUAAUGAAACAGGUCAUACAACACAAUUAUGUGCAGUCGACAAACUUCGCAUGUCUGCUGUUAGACCUUCAGCUGAGCGAAAUUUAAGGGAAGGGAGUAACAAAAACAAUAAGUGGAAAGAUACGGUGGAAGCAAUAAGUUCAAAAACUAGACCACUAAAAAAAAAUAAAUCACCAGAUCAAUAUGAGGAAAUUUCAACAUCCAGUGCUGAUCACAAUUCUGAAGUAACUUCUAAAGAUCUUCAAUCAGGUUCUUUAAGUUGUGCAAGGAAUCUACCUUCCAUGGAAGAAACAGCUGAUGGGCAAGAAAUCUUGAGAAGGUCUGCUGAUUUUAGCAAAGCAGCUGUCUUUCAUGUGAAGCAGAAGAUCUCAUACCAAGAGGAAACUGUGUGUGAUCCAAAAGAUGGCAAUAUAAAUACCAUUCCUAACAUUUCAGAUGAGUUGAAUCUGAAACCUCAGAUGCAGAUCUUGCCUGCUCAAGCUUCUGUUCUUGCGCCUCCAUUAAGGGCUUCAACAAUUCCGAAGCUUGAAUUCAUUUGGCAAGGUGGUUUUAAGGUGCUGAGAACUGGGGGACUUUCUGAGCUCUGUGAUGGUCUUCAGGCUCAUCCAUCAACUUGUGUGUCACCAAAAGCACUUGAAGUAGCAUUUAAGUUUCCUUGCAUAAUCCAUCUGGAGGAAGUUCCUCGCUGUAGUUCAUGGCCUUUACAAUUUCAGGAGAACAGUCCUGAAGAGGAAAAUAUUGCUCUUUUUUUCUUUGCUAAAGACAUUGACAGUUAUAAGAAUAAUUACAGCAAGCUGUUGGAAACUAUGCUUAAGAAUGAUUUAGCCCUGAAAGGGAACAUGGAUGGGGCUGAACUUUUUAUAUUUCCAUCAAAUCUGUUACCUGAGAACUCUCAGCAGUGGAACAACUUAACUUUCCUUUGGGGUGUAUUCAGAGAAAGGAAGAAAAAAAGCUCAGAUGACAUGCCUGUUUUCCGGAAGCUCGAUAGGCCUAAUCUGAACAUGGAGCCCUUGGAUCAAGAUUUGCCUGCCCCAAUUAUGUUAGAAGUUUCUAGCUCCUCUAAAAUAAGUUCUCACAAGAAUUCAAAUGAGGAAUUAUCCAGGUCUGAAAGAUCCCCUAAGAGAAAAAAAGUCAAUUCCACAAGCAAUAUAGAUUUUCAAGAUCAUUCAUUUUGAGGAAUCACGGAUACAACCUGCAAUGCACAAGAAUAUUCUUUUGUAAAACCCUUACAUCAGGAUGCAGUUGAUAACAAAAUGCUCCUAAAGCUGACUUCAUGUUCACUCCCUAUAAGCAGCUCAGGAAAAAGCACCGGUUGUGCUUGUCCUGAAUCAAAUCUUCAGAUGAACUCUGAGCAGUCAUACCUAGGUGUCAAGUAUGGUAUCACUUGCCUGAAUAGUUCCAGUGAGAACUCAGAUGGCAGAGAAGAUUCAGAGCAUGUAUGUCAUGUCCAUGCAAGUAGAAUACAGAGUCAUCAUGGUAAAGAUGGGGUACUGAAAUCAAACAGAAAGACAACUUUACUAACAGUGAAUCUGUUUUGGAUGAAGACCCACUGGAGAAUCUGCUAGAGAUAGACCAUGUCAGCUCGAGGCCUAACAGGAAACCAAUGCAAUCAAACACCAUGGGAAAACUGUCACAUGUUCCUGGUGAAACAAUUCUGCUAAAAGAAGAGGCAAACUAUUCUGCCAAUGACAAAAAGGAAAGCAAGAAGAUGAAACUCAACAAUGGAAGAUUUGCUGGUUGUAGUUCUCGAGAAGAAAUUCUGACUGCUAAAUUCUCAUCGAAAGUACAUCCACUGUCAUCUAGCUUCACGAAUGAUAGCAUCCAUGGCGAGACAAUGCCAGAGAGCUCAAGAAGUGUCGAAAGGAACUUCUUUCCAGUGGAUUCAGAUCCUGUAAGGGGUAAAAAGGCAGAGGUCUUCAUAUAUCUUUCUUCAGAUGGUGAAGAUUCACCAGAAUCAAAUGCCCCAGAUCUUAAACUGGCUUUGGGAGGAAAAAAGAAAUCACUGGGAUAGGAUAUUUUGCCCUUAUUUCCUCCAAAGGUCGGGGAAAAGAGUAACCAAGGUAAGCCACCUGGUCCUGCAGUUGUUGAUGGAGAUGAUGUCUCGGCAUCACUUUCUCUAUCACUUGCUUUCCCUGCCUUGGUGAAGGAACAGACAGCCAAAUCUAUUUUGAAAACAGAGCAGAUGAUGCCUGCAAAGCCUGCUGCUAACACAUCUUUUUUCUUUUUUCACGGGUAUACUGACACUUGAAUCACACAGGAGCAUGCUAGGCUUGUAAUUUUUCAAAGGGUGUAGUCAAGAGCAUGCUGAUCAUUGAGGAUCAUCGAGGGCAAUGUCAGAGCAUUGCCCAUAUGUUCAUUAUCCAUGCAAAAUCCAUUUCACUUUCUUGUUCAACUUUCUUUUUUCACUUCCUGCUUCAGAGUGCAGAGUCACAGCUGUUGUAUACAAGAGAAGGCAGGCUGCAAUUUUUUACACCAUAUGGGUACACCAUGGGGGUCUCUCAAGAUAUUUAUUUUGCAAGUCAUCGUGAUUACACUUUUUUGCUUUGUUAGGUCGGUUUUGUGAAAAUAUAUGGGGAAUGUAUUAACAGAGGACUGUCUAGAUGUAGAAGGUCACUAGGAUAUACCAGAAGUAUGCCAAAAAGCAGCACCUGUCUUCUCUGUGCAACACAGGUCGACAAUUUGAAUACCGCGGAAGCACUUGCUUGCUGAAUGGUGGUUGGCUUUCAGGCUGCAGCUUCUGUUCCUCUCAUAUCCUUAUCAAUGUAGGUUCAGGUUACAAGAAAUAGAUUGUCCGAUAGUUCUUCAGGUUCAGCAUGGAUUACAGGAAAAUAUCUUCUGAUGAGGGAUAUCUAGCUGGUGUGUCAUAGAAAUCUGCUAUUCUUGGACUUUAACUUUCUGAUGUGCUUCACAUUUUCUGUAGUUCCCAAGUGAGAGGAGAAGGGGGAAGUUUGUGAUCUGAUCAAUGGUCAUCCAUAUCACCAUGUGAAACCUGCAGCAUAAGAACAAGAUCCUUGUACAUCGCUUGCAGAUACACUGAGAGGUGCACUGUUCAGAUUAAAGUGUCAGAGAUGACUAUUGUAUUUAAGAUUUGUAGUUGCUAGAAAGACAAAAAGAUGUUGGGCUCUUUAUUCACCGAGGUACUAGUACCUUGACAUUAUAAAGGCAUGUCAGAGGGCUUAGCGGUUAAGCUAAUUAGUACAAAUUAUGCAUGGAGACUCAGAAGUGGAUUAUGAUUGCUUUUGAAGGAAAGAGAAUUCCAAUGACUGCAUUCUCGUUUUCAGUUCAAGCCAUUGAUUGGGCAUAUCAUCACAGCAUAAACCCCUGAUUUCUAAUAUGUUGGCCUAAUUUUAUGAGAUAGCGGGAGAUGGGGAACCACUCAAAAUGUAAAACCCAUCUUUUAGCGGGUCACAACGCUGAUGAGUCCUGUGUUUUUUAAGUACCUUUUCAAAGAAAAUUACUAAUUUUAUUCGUCA